AUGCCCCUUGCCGGCGGAAUUUCUGCGCCUUCAAUAACACCUCUUCGGGCCCAUCCGUCUGGAAAAUCAUCAGCAAAUAUCGACACGGGCACCUAUAUUGAAAUUGAAACAGAAUCGCGAAACUGCGUGAUCUUUUUUACAACCAAUGGCGACACACCACACCCCUAUCGACGCAUUGUAGCUGGCCGUGAAAUCACCUAUCGAUACAGGGCUCCGUUCCAAUUGAGAGUGGGCAAACGUACCAUCAAGGCAAUGGCUGUGCACAAACACACGAAAGCCGAAAGCCCCGUGAUGACAAAAACGUUUCAAGUCGUCGAAAUUGAGCCGUUUGACGACAGUGAAAUCUCAGUUAACAAUGACGAUGAAGACGACGACAUGGCGCUAUCCCUCACAUCGCCCCACCACACCGCACUCGUGCCCGUCGGUGGCGAUGCAUUCCUCGAUACAGAUGAAUCCGUGGACGGCAUCUUGCGAAAAAGCGCCGACCAGGGUUUUGCGGCAACUAACCACUCUGGAACACAGAUAAAUGUAUGGGGCGGUGUGCCUGGAGUCGGGUGGGACGUCAGGACCCCGGAUGGCGGCAACUUCUCCAGUAAUUUCUUAGCUCCACAGCAAGCCCCCUUCCCCCAAAUGAUGAACCCAAUGCCUCCUGUUGAGACUGGAAUCAGCCAAGAACAGCUAAGCGCAGUUGUGAAUCACUUGAGCCAGUUUAUUGACCAGAUGCGCCAACGGACAGUGGGUGAAUUGCAGGGUUCCCUCAAUCAGGUUGUGGGCCACAUCCUGAAGGCGAUGCCAAAGGAAAAGCCCCCACCGCCACCGCAACCACCACUGACUGCACCACCUAUCCAAUCAGCUGAGGACGCUCUGUCUGGAAACGGACUGCUUAAGCAACAACUCCUCUCCAUCCUGCAAGGCCUUCUCAAAGCCAAUCAGACGAACUCCGCUCUUUCCGGCAUGGUGGGGCUGGAACUGGGCAAGGUAAGUUAUACUGACUGCGAGGGAUCCCCCCAUUUGAAAUGUUUGGCCAUCCGGUACGAUACAAAUUUUCAUUUUUAUGAUCGAAUCGACGUGGUGCAAUGUUCCCUAACUGACUGUAGACGUGCCACUUUGGAUGCUCCGUAG